AUGACGAACGAUACGAAACAAAAAGCCGAUACUGCGGCUAACAGUGACGGUGAAGAAGAGGACGUGUUUCACGAUGCGCGCUUCCCCGCUGAAGAAGAAACGCGACUCCUAGAAGAAUCCCAUACCAUUAAAGCCGAAGCCAACAAAUUAUUUACCGCAGCCUGCUAUGACCAAGCCAUCUCGUGCUACGACCGCGCCCUCGCCUCAUGCCCCAACUACCUCGACUACGAAGUCGCCGUCCUGCGAAGCAACAUGUCCGCUUGUUAUCUGAAACUUGAAGAUUGGAAAGCGUCCGUCGACGCAGCGACUGCCUGUAUAGACCGCUUGGAUAAGGUGGUUCCUCCUGCGACAGGGGCAGUCGAUGCGGAGGGUGCCAAGGGAAAGCAGCCGCAAGAGUCGAGUGGCGAAGACGCCGUGGUCGAGAUAACGGGUGACGAUGACGAGGCCGAGGAAGAAUUGAAGCGGUUACAAAAGCAGGAUGAGAAGAAACGGGAUGUGCUGCGUAUUCGCGCAAAGGCGCUUAUGCGUCGGGCGCGGGCGAAAAUGCAGCUCGGCGGCUGGGGGAACCUGCAAGGGGCGGAAGAGGACUAUAAGGAGCUGGCUGCGAUGGAUAAUUUGCCGCCGGAUGAUAGGCGUGUUGUGCAGAAGGCUCUUCGGGAGCUACCUGCGAAGAUCGGUCAAGCGAGGGAGAAGGAGAUGGGGGAGAUGAUGGGGAAGCUCAAGGAUCUUGGUAAUGGAUUCCUUAAGCCGUUUGGGCUGUCGACCGAUAACUUCAACUUUGUGCAGGAUCCGAAGACGGGUGGAUAUAGCAUGAACUUCCAGUCAUGA